AGGGCAAGCGUCAUUGUACGUCAUUUUUCUGACUAGAGAUUUGGUUAAAAUUGGUGUUUUUCGUGAUUGUAUUACAAUAAUUUGCAUUUGGAUUUCCUUUUAUUAUGGAUCAUAUUGGAGGAGACUUUGUUGGAAGUCCAAUUAUAUCUGAUGCAAUUGAUCAGAAGAGGCGCAGCUCUUCUCGGUCAAUUAAACGCAAGAGAUUUGACGAUGAAAUUGUUGAAUAUAGCUUGGGACUUACACCAACCCAAAUAAAUCGCGUAGCUCGUACUCGGACGCAGUCCCAGUCUUUUAUUGUGCCAACAACAUCAAGUUGCACGGAAAUAGUGCCAUCACUUAUAUCCGUGGUGACUCCGGUGGCUAGUGUUGCAGCCCCUAUUUCCCAGAUGGUAACAUCAGUGGCGAAUACUGUAACUACUACACCUCAAGUUGCAUCUAGGGAAUAUCUACCAAGUGGAUCAAUGGAGAAAAAGCGUAGUCUUAAGAGCUCCAAGAAAAAUCGACGUUCCCGUGGCACUCAUCAGGUGUCUACGAAAGAUCUGGGUCGAUGGAAGCCCAUUGAUGAUCUGGCACUCAUAAUUGGCAUUCAACAGACCAAUGAUCUCAAGAUGGUUCACCGAGGUACAAAAUUUUCGUGUAAGUUCACGGUGCAGGAACUUCAGGCUCGCUGGUAUUCACUUCUCUAUGAAGAAUCUAUCUCACGUAUUGCCGUAGCUGCUAUGAGAAAUCUCCAUCCAGAAUUAGUGGAAAACGUACAAAGUAAAGCUCUUUAUACAACGCAGGAAGAGGAUAUGUUGGCAACUAUUAAGAGCAAUACUUCACCUACGCUUGAAACAUUUCAAGAAUUAUUGGACAAGAACCCCGCUGUUUUCUACCCAGCACGUACUGCAAAAUCCCUACAGAGCCAUUGGAGUUUGAUGAAACAAUAUACUCUAUUGCCGGAUCAAAUAAUUCAUCCGCCUAGUCGAGAAUCCAUGACGUUUUCAGAUACUGAAGAACUCAUUAAUGACACUGAACUCGUGGAUCUCAAGGAUGAAACACUUGAGAUCGAGCUUGCGCUAGCUGACCGACGCAAUAAACGUGAAAUUCGUCAUCUUGAAAAUGAAUUAUCCCGUUGGACGGUUCUUGUGGAUUCUUUGGCUGGAAUUGGAUUUACGCCGGAAUUCGACAAAGAAACUCCAGCUGUCCUUCGUGGACGUUUGGUAAGAUAUCUGAUGCGUUCCCGUGAAAUAACAGUUGGACGAUGUACAAAAGAUUUCAUCGUGGAUGUGGACCUUAAGCUCGAAGGACCUGCACACAAAGUAUCUCGUAAGCAGGCUACCAUCAAGUUACGCAGUAACGGUGACUUUUUUAUGACGAACGAGGGUAAACGAGCCAUUUAUGUGGAUGGAAGUCCUUUGUUAACAGGAGCUAAAACUCGUCUCAACAAUAACAGCGUCAUUGAGGUAAUUCUAUAUUUUUUAUCGUUUAGGAGGUUUUUCAAAAAAUUAAAUAUUUCUAUCAUCCUAGCUCUGUGGCCUGAGGUUGAUCUUUCUAAUCAACUACGAUCUUAUUAAUGCUAUUCGCCAGGAGAGUGCUAAAAUGAACAUCCCUCUAACGUAGCAACGAAAUUUAAAUGGCAUUUUUUAAACAUAACAUUUAUUUUUUUAUUUUGCUACAAUUAGCAUAAACACUGAGAAUAAAAUAUAAUUUUCCAAAUAAAACAAUAUACUUUUAGCAUCCA